GGGGCGGGGAGCCUCCGUGUGACGCGCCUCCUCGCGGUGCCCUUCAGCCGCCGCCGCAGUUCCUGGGGCGCCACAUGGACCCGGUCGGCCCGAGCGCGCCCCGCCGCUGACGCCCGCCGCCCGCACCCCGGUCGGGAAGGCCCAGGACUCGGCGGCCACACUUGAUUGUGAGUUGGGACCCUCUGAGCUGCCGCUGAGGAAUCAAAGCUGGUGCCAUGGAGUUCGUGAUGAAACAGGCCCUGGGAGGGGCCACCAAGGACAUGGGCAAGAUGCUGGGUGGCGACGAGGAGAAGGACCCUGAUGCGGCCAAGAAGGAGGAGGAGCGCCAGGAGGCCCUGCGGCAGGAGGAGGAGGAGCGCAAGGCCAAGUACGCCAAGAUGGAGGCCGAGCGCGAGGCCAUGCGGCAGGGCAUCCGGGACAAGUACGGCAUCAAGAAGAAGGAGGAGCGCGAGGCGGAGGCCCAGGCCGCCAUGGAGGCCAACGCGGAGGGCAGCCUGACGCGGCCCAAGAAGGCCAUCCCGCCGGGCUGCGGGGACGAGCCCGAGGAGGAGGACGAGAGCAUCCUGGACACGGUCAUCAAGUACCUGCCCGGGCCGCUGCAAGACAUGUUCAAGAAGUAACGCCCGCGGCCGCCCCCCCCCCGCCCCGCCCCUCUUCCGAGGCCCCGCAGGGAGUCGGGAGCAGAUGCAGCCCCAGCGCCCACAUAAGCCAUAGUCCCAGGUCCCCGCCCCCGCGCCUCGGGAGCCUCCGCCCCUCCCGCCCCGUGCCGCCAGCGCCGCCGCGUGAGGCGCCGACCCAGCCCCAGCGGCCCGCGCUGGAGGCCGGGACAGCGCACCCAGCUCCUCCGGCCGCGGGUGGGUUGGACCCUCCCCGACCCGGAACCCCUACCUUCCCCGCCCUGCACCGCCCACCCCGCAGCGCCUGAGGCGACCAGAAAGGGCCGGCCCCCACCACCCUGGGCGCGCGGUCCCGGUCCCUGUCCGUGCGCGCUCUCGUCCGGCCCAAACUCAGGAGCACAGCCAUAGGGGGGUGGGCGGCCGUGCUGGGGGGCGGGGGGCGCAGCUGGUGCCUGGCCCACCCUUAGGGCGGGGGGCAGCCCCUCGCUGUCGGUCAGCCGGGACCCCAGACCCUCCCCGGCACUGACACCUGCCCGCCGGCUGCCCACGUCUCUCGUCUGAACGCAUCAGGUUCGUUCGUUGUCCGUCCGUCUGUCCUUCCCUCUUCCUUGGCCUCUGCCCUGGAAGGCUCUGCUGCUAACGCACGCCACGGCCCAGACUAAGGGAAACACAGCAAUACGAUCAGAGGGGACACCCCGCCCAGAGUGCGCACAGAGGCCCCCAACACCCCCUGACAGCUCCCCGGUGGCCACCUCUCUCCUCCGAGGUGCUGCGGAAGGUACCUGCCUCGUCCAUCCCUUCCACAGGCCGGCCCCUCCAGGGGCGGUGCCGGGCGUCCUUGCGCUCAGCGGGCGGCGGGACAGACACUCUGACCCGCCCAGGCCUCGCCCGCCUCCCCAGCCCGUCCCCACCUUGUUUAAUCGGCACCGCGAUGUGUUGAAUCUCAGGUAAUGAGGUCGAAUGUGUCUGGGGGUGAAUCUGGACAGAAAGCCCGGCCCAGCCCUUUGUGUCCACGUCCGUCCAUCGUGUCCACGUGCUGCGGCCAGGGCGCGGCCUCCCGCUGUUAGAGAAGCCAUACACAGUCUGCAAUACCACCGCGCGCCGCCCCCAGCGCACCGCGCCCUGCCCGCCCCUCCCGGCUCUCGUGUCCAACUUAAGCCAGCUCUGAGCAGACUACCCGCACCCCGUUCCCGCGCAUGGGGCGCCCGGAGCAGCCAGCUUAGCUAGACCUUGGAUGUCGUCCGUCUGUCUGUCCUUGCGCCGCGCCUCCUCCUGCAUGUCCGGGCGCCGCGUGUGUCCUCUCGAUGGAAUCACAGCCAAUAAACAACACAGUGAUUUCA